ACACUUGCUUUUGCACACUUGAGAUCAUCUCCAAGCUUCUAUACCUCACACCAUGGUUCACUUCACAGCUGAGGAGAAGGCAGCUAUCACAAGCAUCUGGGAUAAAGUGGACUUGGAAAAAGUUGGAGGAGAAACUCUGGGAAGGCUCCUGAUUGUUUACCCAUGGACUCAGAGAUUCUUUGACAAGUUUGGAAACCUCUCUUCUGCCCUGGCCAUCAUGGGAAACCCCCGGAUUAGAGCCCAUGGCAAGAAAGUGCUGACAUCCUUGGGCUUGGGGGUUAAGAACAUGGACAACCUCAAGGAGACCUUUGCUCAUCUCAGUGAGCUGCACUGUGACAAGCUUCAUGUGGAUCCUGAGAACUUCAAGCUCCUGGGCAACAUGUUGGUGAUUGUCCUUUCUACUCAUUUUGCCAAGGAAUUCACCCCAGAGGUGCAGGCUGCCUGGCAGAAGCUGGUGAUUGGAGUGGCCAAUGCUCUGUCCCACAAGUACCAUUAAACUCCAUUCCAGUACACUGGCAAUCCCAUGUGUCUAUGAUGCCCUCUUUGAGUCCAUGGGGACUGCAUUGAGAGCACAAAUUUUGUUUAAUAAAAUUGAUUCUUAAUAACAUUG